AUGAUUCUCCUACAUCUGACCUAUGUGCUGCUCAUGACAGUCGUCGAGGCUAGGAAGACAGAUCCCAGAAGUUUAUUUGCCUUGCUAAAGCCAGGAGAGACACACGCAGUCAAAUCUCCGCCCAAAACAUUCGAUUUCCAAGAAAGUGUUCUACCUGACGUGAACGUCAAGACACUUAAAGAAAAACUGGGCAGCAAUUUUGACAUGGAGUUUAUGUCAGUAGAGGAACCUAGCUCAACCCCAGAACACUAUCCAGUCAAGGGACGAACUACGAGUCGGCGACCUAAUUUCCUAAAGCUUUUGACUGGUGUCAGUUUAGGAGGAGGCCACAAGCUUAAGCUCAAGAUAGACAAAAGAACCAGAAGAAAACUUACAGAUUAUCUCAGGAAGUACACUGCUUGUGCCGUGGAGUACACAUGGAAGAAAUUGGGAAAACAGUUUUUCCCGCAGUGGUUCAAGGAAGGGCGCUGUCCAAAGAGGUCGUGCUCUAUACCGCCUGGAAUGAGUUGCACACCCAAGGAGAAAACGUCGAAACGCCUCCUUCACUGGCGCUGUGAGUUUAAAAACAAAAAUAAGUGUGACUGGACAUUCAGAGAGUUUUCAGUUGUAACGAAGUGCGCCUGCACUUGCUAGUAAACUGUUCAGAGUUGCAUCCUAACGUCUGUGAAUCAACUGGACACUUGGUGCCUCUUUCAGCUGGACACACGAUGCAGCAAUGCUCUAAAGGAAAGGAGAUUGAGGCUAUUGACAGCUAACUUUGUGUGACCAGUUUUGUACUGCACAAUCACCCAGUCAUUAUUUGUUUCCUUUGGAGAGAACACAUAGGCGUCUCCAGUCAUUAUUUGUUUCCUUUGGAGAGAACACAUAGGCGUCUCCAGUCAUUAUUUGUUUCCUUUGGAGAGAACACAUAGGCGUCUCCAGUCAUUAUUUGUUUCCUUU